AAGCCGACGUACUCCGCCCGGCUGCGGUAGUCGUCGAUCUUUUUGUCGGCCUGCUCUCUGGCCAUGUAGCCGCGGCCUUUACGGGCUAGCGGGUCUCGUGAGCUGACCGGGUCGGUGACGGUGACAUCGCAGAUCCACACCGCCCCCGAGUCCCGAUCCCGGAUGGCAAGGUCGGCGGUUUUGCCGUCGACCGGGUUGUAGAUCGCCGUCUCUUUGGUGACGAUGAAUUGGGCGUCCCGUGCCAUGCGGAUGCACUCGUCCCUGAGUGCGUUAUGGGUGUCGGUGCGGCCGUGUCCGGUCCCACAGCGGAACAGGUGGUUCGGGAGUCGUGGGUCCAGGAUCUGUACCCGCUUGGUGCAGUUGCACACCUUGGCCUUUACCGCGACGCCGAACUGCAGUGGGAGAAAGUGAUUGCGCGCCCGAUCCGCCAUCGAGAUGAGUCCUGCUUUGGCGGCAAGGCGGUGGAGGCACUCGCCCCACGGCGAUGGGGCGCGUGCCUCCGUCGGGUUUAGGGAAAGCGAGUAGGCGGCUGGCUGUGAGGAGUGCGGCUACGUCAGGAGUGGAGUCGCCCCGCAGUAAUUGAGUUACGAGGAUGUGGAGCUUGCUAGCGACGGCGCUGUUGGCGAGGGCUGCAUCGCGAAUGUGUUCGAAGCACAUUCCCGAGGGGCCCGCGCCAACCCCGUUUUCGCUGCGGCUCAGUAACCUGGUGAACUCUGCGAGCGUGAGGGAGGGGGGGACCUCCGACUCGUCGAUGUGGGGCCAAGCGAGUGACUCAGUCA